AUGACCUCUGUCGGCCGCUUCGGAAACAGCUAUAUAUCGGCAGAAUAAACGCCACACUUGACGGCAUGCUGUCUACCGCCGUCAUCCUGACAUGCACGUAAGGUUAUUGUGACAGUCAUAGUACCGACACGUUGAGCGCAUUGACGUCAUAUAUUAAUGUCGGCAAUGUUUGUAGCUACUCGUAACAGCCACCUCCUACGGGCCACUUGGUUAAAGUUACCUCCUCGUUAGCAAGCUAGGCCAACAACGCAGGCUAGCUCAUGUCUUGUGCGUUUUGGAGCUACCAACGGCCCGCAUCAUCGCCAUCGCCACGCUGGGCGUCUUUCUCACCCCGCUGUUUAAUGGAUGGGUGAGGGGCAACGAUGUUGAAAUUCCUCCACAUUGUUUUAGCAGGUCUUUUAGGUGUUCUGCGGGACAGAGUCACUGCCUUCGAUGGCAUCAGACUUGUAGACGGGGAGAGCAAGUGUUCCGGCCGUGUUGAGAUCCUUCGACACAACCAGUGGGGGACGGUUUGUGACCACGGCUGGGACCUCCUGGAGGCCAACGUGGUGUGCCUGGAGCUGGCCUGCGGCUUGGCGGAGACUGUGCACCAUGGAGCAGCUUUUGGCACAGGCACCGGAGAGAUCUGGCUGCGGCACGUCCAGUGCUCGGGGCACGAGUCCAGUUUGAGUCGCUGCGCUGUCGUCCUCCAUAGCAACCCUCACUGCACACAUGAAAAUGAUGCAGGGGUGAAAUGCUCAGGUAUACUUUUCACACCCAUCCUCUCCCUGUUGUCACCCCACAAUGUGUUCUCUGCUGGGGAGACUGUUCGCUUCAGCUGCAGCAUCCUGCUGGGUCACCACAUCAGUGAGUUCCACCUGUACAAGCAUGGAGUGUCCAAGCCCGUGGUGACGCAGACAGUGGAGCAAAGCCUGUCCCGGGUGGAGCUGACUGUGUCCGACAUCGAGACGUUCCAGCAGGGCAGCUAUAGUUGUCGCUAUAGCAUCAGAGGCAGCUCGCCUUCUCAGCAGCUUGGCUCACCACCAAGCAACUCUGUCAACAUUACUGUGGUGGAGCUCCUGACUCCCCAACACUGGUACAACACGUCCUCUGAGGCCCCGGCUGGUUCCGUCCUAAAGGGCCACAGUUUUAACAUCACAUGCUCCACACAACAGGAGUACCCCGGAGGCUCCUUUCAGCUGCGGCUUAUCCGCUCCAAUGGGACAGUACGGCAGUCUCUGCCGGCCCUUGCCCCUUCUGUCACUUUCACCUUCCCCAGCGCCCAGAGCUCCAAUGAGGGCUACUACUACUGCCUGUAUCGGGUCCAGCUGGGGGGGCGCACCUUUGUCUCCAGAGAGAGCCAGGCUCUGCCCAUUGCCAUAAGAGACCCAGAUCCUGUUCUGAGUCCAGUGGUGAUCAGCUGGCUUGUAUCUGGUUUGACGUUUGUUGUAGCUGUCGUCAUAAUUAUCAUUGUGGCCAAGGUGCUGUGUAACAAGGAGAAGAAACCCUCCGAACUGGAGCUAGAGACCAGAUCCUGUGUGGAAAACACAUAUGUUGCCUUAUCAAUUAACAAACUAUGAUGACGUCAGCAGGCAAGCACAUGGCUGAAGUUGGCGAGCUGAAGCUGUGGUCAUGGUGGAUUCGGGCGGAAGGAGAUGAACCAAAAAUUUAAUGGGCUGAGAUGCACAACUAGAACCAGUUCACUACAGUCUGGAUCAUACCAGGUUUCUAUUUGGUGUUCAUGUUGUUAUACUGUAGAUUGCAAAAAAGUUGACUUUCAGAUUUCUGUAUCUCCACUAGGUAUACUUGUACUAUCCAUAAAAGACAAACAAACAGAACACUUAGAGCGUUAUCUUUAACCUGAUCCAAAAGGUGGCAUUGCAAGGACAAAUUAUAGCGAACAAAUUCAGUGUCAUCCCUACUUUGAACCUAUCCCAGUGAACACGGCAAACACACAUGCCAUUAGUGACACACUUGUGAACAUUUCCCAAAAUUCUAAAUUUGAACCUUGGGAUUUCUCAGGUUUCUUUUCUUUACUGUGGACUGUGUUGAUGUAGUGCUGUCUUUUUAAAAAUGUUUAUUCAGUCACAUCUGGGCUUCCUGUGUGCACUAAGUACACAAACAAAGAGUUUGCACAACCUCUUCAAGGAAAAUGUUGCUAUUUUUAAAUAUUCAGCAGUAAACAAUUUACUUAACAUAAAAACCUGGUAUAAAGCUUUAAAACGGUGAAUGGGGAAAGCAAUAUGAUCUGAUAAACUCCUGAUCUAAAUUUUAAGACUACAUUAUGCACUGUUGGAUCUCAAAGAGGUUCUACAUAGAGCUUCACAAAGCACCAGCAGAAGUGGGAGUGAGACAAAAAAAAUUGAGUAAGCAAUUUAUUGCACACAACUAUUAGGCUGUUCACCAGCUGAUCAAAAGACCAUAAAGCCAUAGCUAAAAAAAAACCUAAAACCGCCUAAAAUAAAAAUUUUCCCCCCAAAAUUAAAAAAAAGUACUCGGUACUGAAUAGCUGCACCAUUCUUGUUAAUCACCUAAAAAAUUCGUUUCAGGAUCCUUUGUCAGUUUUUCCAGGUGGUGAGUGGGAGUGUUGCUCCAGGUGGUGAAGAUGGCUUCACGGAGGGCAUCCACUGUCAAGAACUGGUGUCCAUUUUUGUAAACGUCCCUUGCCAUCCAUCCCCAAAUGUUCUCACUUGGAUUUAGAUGAGCGGAACCCGCAGCAUGGUCCAAAUUAGUGACUUAUUCCUCUCGAAGAAGUUCUUUGUGAGGCUGGCAUUGUGAACUGCAGUGUUGUCUGUUGAAAAACCCAGUCAUUACCACACAGACGAGGGCCCUCAGUCGUGAGGGAUGCCCCCUGCAACAUCUCCACAGAGCCAGCUGCCGUUUCACACCCCUGCACAACCUGAAGCUCCACUGUUCCACUGAAGGAAAACCCAGAUCAUGAUGCCCCCCCCCUCAAAAAAAAAAUAAAAAAACAUCUCAGGAGGGAUCUCCUUGUCAUUCCAAUCAUGUUGGAAGCCAUCAGAACCAUCCAGUUAAAAUUUUUUCUCAUCAGAGAAUAAAGUUUUCUCCCACCUUUCAAUGUCCCAUGUUUGGUGCUCCCGUGCAAAUUCCAAACAGGCAGUUUUGUGGCGUCUCUUGUAGAUACCGUCUGAUGGUUAUUGGACUCCACUCGGCAGUAACAACCUCCCUCAAUUUGGGACGAGGAUCCUCCUGUGACUUCAUAGACAGCCAAUGGGAUCCUCCGGCUCAGGGCCGGUGAAAUAUUUUUGGGUCUACCACUCGACUUCUUUUAUUCCAUAAUCCUCAGGAGCUUUUAAGAAGUUCAAAAUGACUGUCUUACUGUCAGCAGCAAUGGUGCGCUACAAGAGGCCUUGCUUAUGCAGCUCAACAGUCCAACCGCGUUCAAAGAGAGAAAGCUUUUUUGCCUUUGCCAACCAUAGAUCAUGACAGUUUGGAAAAGGCCUGUAAGAAAAAUACAUUGCAUCCACAUUUGUGCCAAGGUUUAACUUUUAAUCAGCUGAUGAACAGCCUAAUUCAGUUGAAGUUGUUUACAAUUAAUUGUUUACUCAGUUUUCUCACUCCCGUUUCUUCUUUUUCCAUUUUAAAGCUCUACUUAGAACCUCCUUAAGCUCCAACAGUGCACAGUGUAAAUUCUUGCAAUUUUACAACUUCAAAUUUGAAGUCUAUGAAGUCAGGAGUCUAUUUUGCACCCACUUUCUAUGACGAGUGGUUGUUGGCACAUAUCUAAAUGUAGCCUUUUGACUUCUUUAAUUUACACCUGUCAGGCAGGACUUUACCCAUCUGUUUUUGAACUCUUUCAAAAUUAAUGUAAGUCCCCCAUGCCCUGGACUUCAGAUGACUUAUAACUAGAGUCCAUUGUGUUCAGUAUUGUUGCAAAUCGGUGUAAAGGCAGAUAUCUUGACAGCUGCUACUUACCAUCCAUCUUCUAUGCCGCUUAUCCUGAUGCUACUUAUCACUUUAACAUUUCAUUUAUUUAUGAGCUGAUUUAUACUAAUGGCAAACUCCACUAAGUUCUUGUGUACUUGGUUCUGCAUAGCAAUUGAAUGUUUGAAAUGUUUAGAGCAGGGUUCUGUAUUUUUUCAACCUAACAUGCUUAUGGCUCGUAUGUCUCCCAUGUACAUCAUUGCACUAAAAACGUGUAAAUAGUCACUCUUGAUUAAAAUGCUAUUGUUGAGUUGAAUGCAUUCACAGCUGUUUAAUUCAUCAUGAAAUGUCACAGCUUUAACACAUUGCAUACACUGGCGUACUUUUGUCAUCAGUUCAAAUAUUAAAUGUGUUGUUUGCUUGUGUGUACAAAAAUCAAACAUUAAGAAGGUUUGUAUCGAAAUAGUGUAUUUCUGAAUUAUUGAUCAAAAUACAGUUAAAUGUCAUUAACAGAGAUACUUUGCCAUGACUGAGACAGCAAGACAGAAAAUACUUUGAAAUGACAUGCAAACCUCUUCCUCCUAAACCACUUAGGCAUUUAUGUUGUAGUUUGUCUGAGAAGUGUUAUAAUCCAACAGUAUUAAAGUUUUAAAACAGCAAUGAGCUCUACGUCACUACGAAGGGUGAGUUUUGCCCUCAAGAAGCUUUGUGACAAACAAAAUAAAAUCACUCUGGGAUAAAAUACAUUUGAUAAAAAACAUGUCAUGUAUAGUAAAACGGCACAAACUGGAUUUUUGUCUUUUAAAAAUCAUUGUAUCCUCUUGGUGUAUUCAUUUGUCUCCAUAUUGGCGAAGACAAGGUAGAGGAACACUGCAGUAAUGAAGAACACCACCAACUGUACCCAGAGUGGGAUGAAGCGGGUCGACUCGGGUUCUGUAGGAGCCUCUUUAUGAGAUGUUAUAGGCGUUGAGUGUGUGUACGGGUAUUCUUUGUUGUAGGUGUAGUGUCUGAGGAGAGAACACAGUGGUUGUGGUUUGUUAUACACUGGCAGUAACAGUCGAUCCCAAAUGAUGCCAUCAUAAUGUGGACUGAAGUUACAUUUGAUCUGGCGCUUGAACAGGCAAUAAUACAUUUUUACAAUGCAACAACUACAUCGUAAAUGCACCACAUAACAUCCAAGCAAAACUAUCAGGACAAUAAAAUAUAUGUAAUAUUUUAGAGAGGGAAAAAAAAACUUACUCAUGUUCAGUUUCUCUUUCAGUCCACUCUGGUCUUGACCUCAUGUAAAGGCUACGACUGUAGACAGACAAUACAAACAUAUAUAUGUAUAUUAGUGUAUGUAUGCUGGAAAACCCUUCAAUGUGGCUGAAUUACAACAAUUCUGCAAAGAUGAGUAGGUCAAAAAAAGACUUGCAAGUUAUUGCAAACACUUGAUUGCAGUUGUUGCUAAGGGUGGCCCAACCAGUUAUUAGGUUUAGGGGGCAAUCAUUUUUUCACACAGGGCCUGUAGGUCUGGAUUUCUUUCUCCCUUAAUAAAG